AUGCGCAACACUUUUCUUACUUUCCUCGCAUGUGCUACGGCCAUCUCUGGCGUUGCAGCGCACCCUGAACGCCAUGACCAUUCCAAAGUUCAUGCGCCCUCCGUUCAAGUCCGCAGUACCGAUAAGUGUGCCCGCCACAUUGAGCAGCGCCGUGAUACUGCGCUGUUGAAGCGUAGAAGUGCCAUGGCCAAGCGCUCGACAUAUGUCAGAUCGAGUGCCAGUCCCUACAAGUACACCGAGAUCCAGAACAAGACUUGCGAGCUUACUCCGGACACCAUCUUCGGUCCCUACGAUGUAGAUGGCGAGCUCCACCGCCACGACGUCCGCGAAGGACAGGAGGGAAUUGACCUCUAUCUCGACCUCGGAUUGAUCGAUGUGGAGACCUGCGAGCCUCUUCCUGAUGCUUGGCUGACUAUCUGGUCUUGCAAUGCCACAGGUACAUACUCCGGCUAUGUCGGCAUCGACCCAGAUACCGUAUCGGCAUAUGAUGGCUGGACAACGAGAUCAGAUGGCACAACCGACGAUGAGACCUUCCUGCGCGGAAUCUCCAAGACAAACCAAGCUGGUAUUGGUGAAUUCCGUACCAUCUUCCCUGGGUACUACUCUUCUCGCACGACCCAUAUCCACGUUACUGUGCAGACCAACGUGACAGGCGAUGAUACCAGCUACUCUGAUGCCGCUACCAAGCAUGUUGGACAGCUGUUCUUCCCCGAGGAGCUGAUCAACUCCGUUUAUCAGUUGGCACCUUACCAUGCUCACCUUGCUACUCUAAACCGUACCCUCAACAGUGAGGAUUCGCUUUUUUCUGUUGCUAAUGCUGAUGGGUACUCUGCUAUGAUCUCUACGGAGUUGAUUGGUCAAACUCUUGCUGAGGGUCUGAUUGGAUACAUUACUAUUGGCGUGAAUAAGAGUGCAUCUGCUAUUGCUACUACCGGGGAGCAGGUUAACGUGCAGGGGUACUUGCCUACUGUUUCGUUGAGUUCUAGUGCUCAGGCUGCUGCCAACACUAUUGAUCUUGCUGAGGGCUAUCGUGCUAACGGCAUGAAAGUUUAA